ACAAAAUAACAUCUUAGAAAACAUUUUUGCAAGUUCAAAAAAACAUUUUUGCAAGUUCAAAAAAACAUUUUUGCAAGUUCAUUUUUCUUACGGAAAGGGAAUGUCCAAGCUCCGAUGUUGACCCGGAAGUGAUAACGAAAGCGCUCGAAUUCAAGUUCAUUCAUAGCGAUUCAAGAUGGACAGCGGUAGAGCAGCGUUUUGUCCGUUCUGUGGCCAACACAUGAGACGAUUAACACGGUUUUGUUUUUCGUGUGGCAGGUCUUUAGAGUGUUUAAAUCGCGCUGACCAGACGGAAGGACUAGAUGUGCUGCAGCAGUGCACACUCUAUUUUCAUGAGGGACACUCGUACGCUGCGAUCGUGGACAUGAUGUCGUGUUUACAUGAUGUACAGAUCAGUUUGAGGUCUCUGAAAGGCAAACUUAAUGACGCCGGGUUAUACCGCAGAAGGAAUUUCUCCUCUAGAGACGCAGUAAUUAGGACAAUACGUCUGGAACUUCGCGGACCUGGACAGCUGUUUGGCUACCGCACGAUGUGGCAGGUACUCAAACAAAAGUACAAGUUGCAAGUGAGGAGGGAUCUUGUAAUGACUUUGCUCCGGGAGCUCAAUCCUCAAGGGUGCGAGAGGAGAACACGCAGAAGGUUCGUAAGGAGAACCUACCACUCCAUGGGACCCAACUAUGUAUGGCACGCGGAUGGCUAUGAUAAACUCAAGCCAUUCGGUUUGGCUCUUUCCGGGUGCAUCGAUGGGUUUUCGCGCAAAGUACUGUGGCUUGUUUGUGGACCAACGAAUAAUGACCCAACAGUGAUCGCUCACUAUUACUUAUCAUGUGUGCGAAACCUUGGUGUCAUCCCCAUGAGACUGAGGACUGAUUGCGGCACGGAGAACGGGACCAUGGCCGCAAUUCAGUGUACCCUACGCCACCACCACAAUGACUACUACUCUGGAGCGUCCAGCCACAUGUAUGGGUCAUCCACAAGUAACCAGAGGAUUGAGUCCUGGUGGUCCAUAUUCAGAAAGGGAAGGUCUCAGUUCUGGAUGGAGUUAUUUGCGGACCUUAGAGAUGCCGGACACUUUAACGGGAGUCAAGAGCAUCAGCGUCUACUGCGAUAUUGCUUCGGUGAGGUCAUUCAGAGGGACUUGGAUGAGUGUGUGAGACUGUGGAACAGUCACAGGAUUCGUCCCUCCAGAACAGCAUCAUGUCCAGGAGGAUUGCCUAAUGAGCUCUAG